AAUAAUAUCCUCUCGCCAUCUGGUGUGCUGUUUGGUUACUUCCGGGAUUUUAUCACCGUCAGAAUCAAAAUAUCGAUUGUUCGCAGUUAGCUACCCUCCACAACAAACUUUGCAACUUGUGAGGCGAAUGCAUUGCAACACGAAUGAGACCAUCUAUAAAAAAUAUCUGGACUUCAGUCCAUAUUUCGACAUGGUUGUUCAAAUUUUAAGCUAAAAUUCCACAACUGGGGCUAUAGCAAAAUCUUGAAUAUUUAUUUAAAUUACGUUAAGCAUUAACGUAUAAAAGUAUGGCCGAAAAACGAAGAUCUACAGCAAGUUCACCCAUGACAAGUAGUACAUCUAUUAAAACUGAAGACUCGCAGACUUAUGACUUGCUACAACAUGUUUUCUCAGAGAUGACUUUAUCAGAAGAAGCAAGUGCAAAGCCAAGAAAAAGCCUGGAACUAGAAAACCUGCAGACAAAUAUGGAUGAAAUGAUUAGUGAUGUUGUGGAAAAGUCCUCUUCAUCCUCAAAGAAGAAAAACAUACUCACCCCUAUAGACGGGAGGAUUGGUCCGUCAGAAGUUGUUUUUGAUCAGAAGUCGAUUGUCGGCAUGAUGGGUCUUCGCUUGGAAUCUGAUCAACUUGCUGUUACAAGUCACAGUAACUUCAGCACCGUGAGGGCCAACUGCUGUGUUUAUAGAGGGAAAUGGAUGUACGAGGUCAUGUUGUGGUCUAAGGGUGUGAUGCAGCUGGGGUGGUGUACGAUCAAAUGUAAAUUCUCAUACGAGGAAGGCGUGGGGGAUACACAGGAUUCAUACUCCUAUGACGGAAGUAGACUCAGAAAAUGGAACAUCAGGACACAAAAAUAUGGAGAGGCAUGGUUGGCUGGAGAUGUCAUUACAUGUGCACUGGACUGUGACAAUAAAACCAUGACAUUUUACAGGAAUGGAAAGUCAAUGGGAGAGGCUUUUACAAACAUCAAGACAGGGAGUGGGUAUGCCUAUUUUCCAGCGGUCAGUCUGUCCAGAAAUGAACACUUGAGAGCUAACUUUGGAGCCACACCCCUCCGCUAUCCGAUCGAGGGUUAUGAGCCUUUACAAGCCGUGCCCCAGGAGGACGUCGUCAAAGCUCAACUUUUGAUUGGCUGGCAGGAGAAACUCAUUUAUACACUAGUGGAGGAAGAUAAGCAUUUGAUAGAUGUCUGUGGAAUUGAACAAGAUGGAUCCAGCAUCCCUCCUCUACCUCUAGGAGAAAACAGAAGCAAGAAAUCUACAGCCAUUCUUAUAUCAGCCCACAUCUUUGAGAAACUGGCGUCAUUGUUGAAAGGUCCUUAUGUGGUGGAAUGUUGUCUACUACCUUUGAUGUUGAAGUUUAGUGCCACAACCUUAGAUCGAACGAAAACAAACCCUCAGAUCAUCAAACUACUAGAUCUCAUGUGGUCACUGAUGCAGGACCAUGAGAUAAAGCCCUGUAUAGACAAUAUGAUGACCUCCCUACUCUACAACUUCUACAAGACAUCUCCCUGUACCUCAGAUUUCUCAUCACAGAAAACCUACCUUGAUCUGACCUUGAGAGUUCUGCAGCACUCACAAACCAGAAGAUACCUUCUACUCAAUGUUACGUUUGAGAAAAUAAAGUUUCCGGUGUUGAUGCACGUGAAGCCUCCAGAUGAUGCAGGGCUGGAGGAUCUGGUCCCCACUGUCUGGUGGGCUACCCUAGAAAAUGAUGAAGAAAACCCCCUACCUCCCUCCAAUGACACAGAGAGAGACCUCCAAAGGCGAUAUAACAAAUAUUGUCAAGAUCUCAGAACUAAAGUAGAGGAGUUGGAGGAUGUACAGAUAGACAUACUUAAGGUGCUACUCACUCACUCAGACCCAAUAGACAAAAAGACAUCUCGAAUGAUUUUUGUGGAGAAACUGAGAACUUACCUGAAAAGUAACAACAGACUUGGAAAGCUUCAACAAGUGACCACCUGCCCCCUGAGUUUCUUCCAUCGUCUUGUCCAGGCCCUCCGCUUCUACUGGGAUGACUUCCAGAAAGAAGAUCCGGCCAGAUUUGUUUUAAGCCAAGAUGCCUUUAUGCCUGUCCAUGAGUUUUGGUUAGAUUCCAGAGAACUGAGUGAUUUACAGAGGUGUGGGGGACUAGUGUCACAUCUCAACAGGGUUCUGGGAGGUGAAGUUAACAAAUGCCAGGGUUUACAGAUUGACAAAGAUGGUAAACCUGUCAGAAAUACAGAUGUCAGUACAGAUUACCCCCCUCUGGAGAUGCCCAGUGGGAAUUCUCUGAUGGACUUGUUGGAUGUCAUUGUCUUAUUGUAUCACCUGUCUUCUCAUGCUCAGAUCUCCAAG